AUGGAACUGGGUACUUGCGAAGCAUCUCUCUCCGUGGCCAUGCACGAAACUCCAAAUCCCGAUGCAGAGGCAGAGCGUCUCAACCUUUCAAUCCCUAGCUGGCCACAGCUGUCGCCCAAGGAACAGAAGGCCUACACAAGAUCUCCAGCCAUACAUAUCACCACGGAUGACUCCGACAAAAUCCUUUUCACGUGCUUGCCAGGCUACGCGGAGGGGCCAUUGCUGGAUGGAAAUAUCUCGACUCUUUGUGCGAGCCAUGCUGCCGUGCGGUCCAGUGACUUGUUUGAGGCCACCAGUUUGUUCAAGAACAGCUUUCAGACCCUGGUGACGGAGAAAAACUGCCCGGUACUGAUGGACCCUUCUGCUCCGAUGGACCCCAUCGCCCGGAACACGGCCAAAGGAGGCAUGACGAUGCAGCAGCUGAGCCACAUCCUUCGCUUGGCCUACUACGCCACGCCCUUCGGCGAUCCACACCAAGAACCCUUCAACUACACUGGCUACGACGCGGCGUUUGCUGACAUGGUGGGUUUUGCCAGCCUGAUGCAAGGUGGGGCACCCUGGGGCAUCAAGUGCCCUUCAAGGGCUGUCGUGGCUUCGGAUCAAACCACCAUGCCCUACUGCCUCCAGGUGGAUGCCUUAUCGGAAAAGACCUUCUAUGCCUUUUCUGGUUCGAUGAGUUGCCCAGAUGGAAGCGCCGUGAGUGGUUGGUACAAUCUACCUGGGAUCGAAGUGAAAGCGGGAGCAUUGGGAGGGCCCAGGAAUGCCACGGGACUGCGGCUUUAUUGCCGGUCGACUCCUCUUUUGUCAUCCUGUGAGCAGCCAACCACCUCCUAUUGCCAGGGGGGAGGGGUCGUGGUCAGCGUGAGCUUCGACUCCAACCAGUUCAAGAUCGGCUGUUGCCAGUUGCAGAGGCGUUUGGGCAUGGCCUUAACUGACGGAGUGCGCCGCACUUUGCCUUAUCAGGACUUCUCAGGCUACUACUGCCCCACUGGCGUUGACGUCACUGGUGCUGCCACCUACCAAGAGACCUUCAUCCCCAGCCUGGGCUCCCCGAAAGCCUGA